AUCGCAAGCGCAACCAUGCCCAUUCUGAAGAAUCUCCCAGGAAGGUCCAAGAGCUGCCAUGAGUUCCCUAGAGCCAACGGUGAGCUGAUUCUCCCACGGCUUGACUUGGACCUCAAAGACUUGGAUAAUCUGAAGGAGCUGAACGAGCUCAAGGAUCUGAACAAGAACCUCAACCCCUUUGAGGACGUGGACCUGGAUGAAGACGAGAGGGGCGAAGGUGACGCGGGCCUCAUCAUGGGGGAGGUCAGGGGUACCCUGCAGCUCAGGUCGGCCCGUGAUGGAGAAGAGGAGGAAAACGAGCUGAACGCUGAGAGACACGGUGCGGUAAACCACAAAGGAAAACCGCUCCGGGGAACCCUUGAGAGGAUUUGUGGCGUGUCACCACUGAAGACCCUUGGGAAACUAGGAAAGGGGCUCCGCAAAUCCGGCAGGAGCGUGUGGGGGAACAACUCUCCCCACUAUAGCCCUGGAGACUCAAACACGCUCCCGACAGAGAGGGACAAAAGAAAAGGACUACGCAGGAGCUCAGAAGGAAUUAUGACUCUGUUACGCAUUACAGGCCGUCGUAAGGAGGAGCACAGAGAAAGCCUGCCCUGCGGGGACCUGAAUGCAGACGGUGAGGCGGAGGCAUCCAGGAGGCCCUCCUUCCUCAGGAUGGUCAGUCUGGGCAAGCUGAAGAGGGAAUCCAUGUCCGACAAGGCCUCCCAGGAGACUGAGGAGGAAGCCGAGGAGGAGGAGGAGCCAGUGGUCCAAACCAGAGAGCCCCUCUCAGUACUGGAGAUCCUACAGUUAGUCAACCACCGGGACUUGCUCCUGGCCGACACACAUAUUCAGGAGCUAGAGCGGGAGUGUGAACUGUUGUCUCUCCUGCCAUGUCCGACCAGUCCCACCCUGACUCCGACCCUCAGCCCCCCCAGCCCUUCUGGCAUGAUUCCCCUGUCAUUCUCAUCUUUGGAUGACUCACUGAGCGCCAAUGCUACUCUGGAUUCGAGCCGAAGGAAAGAGAAGGACGUGGAGCUGCUCUAUGAGGCUUUGAUGAAAGAGAUGUGGGAUGUUGUGCGUGAGUCUCUCCGUCAGCCCAGUGCUGGGCCCAACCUUGGGCUUGUGGUGCUGGUGAUUCAACAGGAGGAACAUGCUGAUGCUGCCUGGACUCUUCGAGAGGACACCAAGCCAGAGCAACAAAUGGAUGUGGCUCUUCAGAUCCAACCCAGCCAUCGUCCUCGACGACUGAAGAUAAAGUGGAGGGAAGCAGUGGCGGAGGCUGCAGACUGGAGCUUGCCACACCAGGUGGACACUCAGGCGGGCCAGCUGUCCUCGUAUCUUGAGCGCCUGAGGUGUCGGGUGGUGGAUGACUUGGAUGCAGCAAGGAGGAAUGCUGUGUCUAUUUACCCGGAGGAGUUUGCCGCUUUCCAGGUGUAUGUGGAAAGUUAUCAUAGAGCUGUGGCCAAACGCCUGAAAGCCAUUACCAGUGACCGACUGCAGAUUACUGAUGUCUACUCGCUGUUGGACUGGUUCUACAACAUCUACAACCGGGAUGUUCUGGGAACCAUAGGCACCGCAACACCCAUCAACUAUGCCUCUCUGGAACCCAUUCUGCCUCAAAAUACAGUGAACAGGCUGGAAGAAGACUGUCUUAGUCUCGUCAAGGAGAAGGUAACAACAGAGCUGAUUCAGGUUCUGGAUGAUGAAGAACGGCGAUGGGCCCAUACUCUACACAUAGAGGAAUAUCAGUCCCAUCUAGCACGCUCGGUCAUACAGAGACUGAAAGUUGAUCUAGACAAAUCUACAUCUGUGAACCAGUUUCUCGGGGCAAGAGUGGCUCGUUUUAGUCUCAUCGGUUUGGCUGAUUUUCUUUACAGUUUUCAGAGAAAAGUGGAGAUGUUUCACGAGACACAGGCGGAGUUCGGUGAUCGAGGAGAUGGAUAUGUUUCCAGGACAAUAGCUCUGGUCAACUGUUGCCCCCCUCUCAGAACCUUUGUGGAGCGCUGCAGGCAGUGUGACCAACAGGCUAGCGAGGACUCUGCAAAGAGAGCCAACUCUUCUCUGGACAGGAUCAUCAACCAGUCUGUGAGGGUUCUAGCAGACAGGCUGUUUGAGCACAUUAGGCCAUUUUUUGACAAAAUGGUCAAGAGAAAAUGGCUGAACUACACGGACACGUUCGAGGCCAUUGAAGCAAGCAUCAAACAACACUUCAAAAAGUUCCGAAGGAUGGAUCCUCCGCCGUAUCAGACGUUGGUGGGUGAGGUGCACCGACGGGUCCUGGUGGAAUAUGUCCGAGCCAUCAUGCGGGGACGGCUCAUAUGCACAUCUUCCAAGAUGAGGAAGAGGAUGGCUUUCCGCUUACAAGACGAAGCCAAGCAGCUUAAAGGACUCUUUAAGGAUUUGGAAUCAAACGCAUCCUGGUUGGACAGUCUCAUCUGCCACAUGGCUGACAUCAUUCUCCUUGAAGAUACGCCCUCUAUCCAGAUGGAGGUGGCUGUCCUGGUGAAAGAGUUUCCAGAUAUACGGCAGAAGCACGUGUCCACCCUGCUGAAUGUACGAGGCAUGAUGCGUCAGGCAGAGCGUCAGGAGAUCUUCAACAUUGUCAAAGACUUCCAGUGCAGCUCGGCUUUGCUCGGCCGGGAUCGCGCCGUCUUUUCCGACAUCCCCAUUACCUCAGAGGUGCACUGCAUCAGCAUCGGGUUCCUGCGCCUCGCCAUGGCCGUCACCAACUGGCUCUCUGAGCACCGGCCCAGGAAACGCCGCAGGAAAAGCACCAGGAACACGAGGCCGCUGUCGUCUGAGGCUCAGAACAUGGAAGACGUGACUAAACACAACAGGGAAGAAUAGUGUGAAAGUAAGAAGAGCAGUUGGGGUCAUACUGUGAUGAAAUGGAUGAGAUGUACAUGCACCUUGACAAAGACCAGACAAGUAAAGAAACUUGACUUGAGGUACUGCUCGUUCUGUACACACUUAACACAAUCGUUCAACAAUCUGAACUAACCUUGUAGUUUGUUUUAGUCCGAACUUAACGACGAGAAGAAAAUGUUUUAGCCUUUAUUUAGGCUCACAUCAGUAUGAAAUGAUAAUGCCAUCAUAGCAGAGAGAAUGCUAUAUUGCUUUAUUGUUGUACCAUUUAUAUACCCAGCUAGGGGUGUCCCGAUCUGAUAUUGGUAUCGGAUAUUGGUAUGAUAUCAGCAAAAACAUCUAUCAGAAUACAUAGACUUGAAUCUAAAUCUCCAAAAACAAACAUUUACUUGUUAACAUAUAAAUAAGCACACAUGGUUGGUCUUUUCUUGUAUUUUAGUCAAGUCACUUACUAAGGGUAAACAUUUAUAUACAUAUAGGCUACUCGCAGCUACACAACAGCUAAGCACACAAUAGCACACAAGCUAGA